UUUGUCGAUGUGUGAUAGUUCUCUCCUUUCGUGGAACUUUUGCGUGUGGCGACGUUGGCUACGCAUCUGCGUUUAUACGGGAUGCUGGUUUUACCAGCUACGUUCAAGUUCGACGUAUAGAACCGUACGAGAAGUCCCUCGCAGGAAGACCUUCGUCUAAGUGAAGCUGAUAUCCGAAGAGUCUGCCUGAUUUGCUUUCCGAACCUAUGGCCGGGUUUUUCCUUGCAGCGUCCUUCCUCGGGUCGCUGUCACUGCUGAAUCCGUGGAUGUCUAUCGCCUCCGAGGCCACCGAAGUAGCUGAGCAGGCAAAGUUAUCUCCGGCUGAACUGAUGCGCUACUUUGGCUACAACGUCGAAGUUCACAAGGUCACCACUGAGGACGGCUACAUCCUAGAAGUGGACAGGAUACUUCCCAACUCGAAGGAUGACACAACGGGACAGCGGACGCCGAUGCUACUCGUGCACGGGCUCCUGGGAAACGCCGUCUCCUGGGUGGCAAACCUACCUUCGCAAAGUCCAGGCUUUCUCUUGGCAGAUGACGGAUUUGACGUAUGGCUUGUAAAUACGAGAGGUGUGCCGCAGUCCAACUACCACGUGAACCUUACCACGGAUGACCCGGAGUUCUGGAAGUGGAGUGCUGUGAACAUCUUCGUCGGCUACGCUGCCGUGGGAAAUAUCACGCACUUCACCUCGCCGAUGCGGUUGCUCAUUCCGUUCGCUGAGGAAGCCAAGGCGGCGAACGACCUCGUCACGCACGGUGGGUUCAUGGUGACGAACGCCGUGCAACAAAGGACACUCGCCACGACUUGCGACAGCUUCCUUCGUGAACUGUGCUACGAGCCGCUGGCCAUCCUUUACGGAAAGAAUCCCAAACAGCACAACAGCACGAGGGUGCCUGUCUACGUGGCAAACUUACCAGUGGGCUCGUCCAGCCAAAACGUGCUUCACUACGCCCAGGUGUUCCGGGCCAAGAACCUUAUUAGAUUUGAUUACGGGAAGGAGGAGAACAUGGCCAAAUAUGGACAGGCCGAUCCGCCAGCUUAUCCUCUGGAGAAGAUCCGAGCCCCUUUCGCAAUCUUUCAAGGCGAGGGUGACAUUUUCGCCGAUCCCCAAGACGUGGACGACCUAGCCGAGCGGCUACAAGAUGUCCUCGUCCUGAAGCAGGUGAUGCCGGAUCCGGAUUUCGGCCACCUCGACUUCAUCUUCGGCUACGAUGCCACUGACAUUCUCCACCGCCCCAUGAUAAACCUCGUCUCAAACUACACGUCCACGAACGCUUGAGUGUGCGUCUAGACGCAGUACCAUUUCUUAAACCUACACUCGUAUCUGCGUAUGGCAUUUUUUUGGCAUGUAAGUGCGUCAUCAAUGUGCAUGUGUCUGUGCCUCAAUCGACCGGCUUCAA